GUUGGAAGGGGACAGUUUGGGUACGUCUACAAGGCAGAACACAUUCCUAGUGGUACUUCUAUGGCUAUUAAAAAAAUUCAGUACAGUUCAUUAUCGGAUGACAAACAUAAUUAUGACAGACUGAUUAGAGAGUUAGAUGUCUCCAUGAAGACCUCAUCAUGCCCCUAUCUUGUUGGCUUUUUCUGCUCUUUAUUCUGGGAGGGAGAUAUAUGGAUAUGUAUGGAGCUGAUGGAUGCCUCACUUGACAAGUUGUACAAGGCAAUGAAAGAGGGAAGUGAAAAAAUCCCUGAAAGAAUAUUAAAGAUGAUUGCUAUUGCUGUUGUAAAUGCACUUCACCAUCUCCAUAAUGACCUCCACAUAAUACAUCGGGACGUCAAGCCUUCCAACAUAUUAGUGAACAGGGGUGGGCAAAUAAAAUUAUGUGAUUUCGGCAUUUGUGGUAAAUUGCGCAACACCAAUAAAUUACCGAGUUCAUUUGUCACCUCAAUGAGUGUUGGUUGUAAGCCAUACAUGCCUCCAGAAAGGAUUAACCCAACAGCUAUUGAAGGUCGAGAGACAUAUGGCAUCAGGUCAGAUGUCUGGAGUCUCGGUAUCACCAUGGUAGAACUAGCCACUGGUGAGUUUCCAUAUAAAAAGACAGCAGCCUUGUUUGGUCAGAUAAAUGAGGUCGUUUAUGGACCUGCACCUCGCCUCCCUCCUAACGAAUUCACCUCUGACUUUGAAGAUUUCAUCGUCAAGUGCCUAGACAAAGAUCUGUCGACCAGAGCCACUUACAAGGAGCUGUUGAUCCAUCCAUUCCUAACCAGAACAACAUCAAACAACGACAACAAUGCUAGUGAUGGCACUAACAAUAACAACAGUGCUAGUUCUAGCGACAAUGUCAGUCGUCAUAUUGAUGAUGUCGCUAACUUCAUGUCUGAAAAACUGACCAAAUACAAGAAAAAUAUGCAAGAAAUUUUAGAGAAAAUGUUUUUAUAA